UCCAAAGGUCUGGUAUGGAAGGCAAAACAUACAACAAACCAAAUAGUGCUCCGUUUGCAUUGAGUAGGUAAAAGUACAUGAUAGUUGCACAGUAAACAUAAUCACAAGGCCACUGAGACAUGAAGGCAUUCCAGGUCCUGUUUGUGCUCUCCCUGGCUGCCACGGCAGCUCACGGUCAGUCUUUCCAUUCUGGUUCUUGCCCCAGGCCAUCCGUCCAAGACCAUUUUAAUGUCACAAAGUAUAUGGGUACAUGGUAUGAAAUAGAGAAGCUCCCAGCUGCGUUUGAAAAAGGAAAAUGUGUCCAAGCUACAUACAGUCUUCUUGCUGAUGGGACGGUCAAGGUUCACAAUGCAGAGCUGCUGUCUAAUGGGAAGAUAAAUUCAAUUGAGGGAGUUGCAAGAGUGAAAGACCCAUCUCAACCUGCAAUUCUAGGUGUCAGCUUCUUUAAAGGUGUUCCAGAUGGCCCAUACUGGGUACUCUCCACAGACUACCAGUCAUAUUCUCUGGUCUACUCUUGUUCUGACUUCUUUGGCCUUUUCCACGUUGACUUUGCCUGGAUCCUGGCUCGCACUCGUGUGCUGACUGAUGCUGUCAUUAGCCAGUUACAUGAUAAGCUGGCUGCAGCUGGUGUAAACAUAAACCGCCUGACAGUCACCAACCAGACUGGCUGUGAGGUCAUGCAGAAGUCAUGAAAAGUGGAACAAAAUGCUGAUUACCUGUUCUGAACUGUAGUGUAAACGCCAUUAUACCUUAACAUGGUGUAAAGUAAGACUUUGUUUAUUGCUGGAUAUGGAGUCAAAAUCAACUAUUCACUACAUCAACACUUAUCUGCUCAUAAUGAAGAUUUUUGUGACUUCUCAUGGUCUCAUUAGUGUUUGUUUUAAUGCAUAUUUAAAAUUAAGUGGUGUUUGGCAGAUUUUAAUAAAGUAUCAAAACAUA